CGUUGUUGACCCACAGUGAGCGAGCACUGGCUGCUAGGCUACACCAUGAAGAGGUUCAAUCUUGUUUUGGGCCAAGGGAUUCCCAGACGAACAGCCCCCAAGGUUUCUGGAAUGAUGGAAGUGAUUGCCCCUGAAGAUGGAUUUAUCAUAGAAAAACAUUUGCCAUUGCCAAGGCAUAAUGGCUUAGGAAGGACAGAUGAAGUGAAGGAACAGAAGAACUGGCAAAAUGGAAGGCUACAUGUGUUUGGUCCAAAAGAAGAAGUUGUUAUUGAACCAGUUCAAACAGUGUCACGCAUCGGAUGUGGGAAAGAAUCUACAAGGCGACAUCAUACUCCGUCAGUGCAGAUCUUGCUGUGUACAGCUAACUCAUUAGAAAAGCAGAGUACUCUCACAAGGAGUUCAAAAAAUCAAAAUCCAAAGACUACUGUAAGGCAGCGUGAGAGCGUACAAGAAGCAGUGUUCCCCUUCCACCGCCACCCAGAAAUCCAUAAUGAUCCACAGUUAAAAGGUGAUUUACACAGACUGAAUCAUGAAGAUGAGAUAAUUGGAGCAAAGAUGAAAUUGAAAGGUGAAAAAGAAGAAACUUCCAAGAAUGUUGAAAAGAUCCCCAGCAAUGAGGUCAGGACUGGUACCCAAAGCAUCUGUGUGGAUAAGCAAAGUGCUGAUGUGGAUAAGCAAAGUGCUGAUGUGGAUAAGCAAAGUGCUGAUGGAAAGCCACCAGAUAGUUCAGAUGAUGAAGAAUGCAACUAUGAGAUGAGUGGUGGUAAACCAGAAAAGAGAACUGCACCACUAGAAUUAAUGGGAGAGUUUCUGAAAGCAAUAAUGGAGCAGGACUACACUCUUGCAAAAAAACUUUGUCAAAUGAUUCUUAUAUAUGAACCUCAAAAUCCUGAAGCCCAGCAAUUUCUUCCACUUAUUGAGCAAAAACUGCAAUUAGAAAGACAACGGGAGGCUGAUGGUGAAGGGAGCACUGAUGACAGUGAAGAGGAUACUAGCAAUACAGAAGACAGUGGGACUGAUAGUGAUACAAGCUCCGAAGAUUCCGAUACCUAGGAAUUUGGGAAUGCCAGGAAUGAGUGCAUUAUUUUAAAAUAUAUAUAUUAUUAAACCAACUGGUUUUAAUAUGUACAUUUCAAAGAAUUUCAUUUUAUACCAUGUUUUUUUCUACUUACAUUGCCUCAGUGUUCCAGGACUUCCAUCUGGCAGUUAUAGUAGCAUGCAAACUUGUUUACCAGAGAUGUAACUGCUGAAAUAUAUUUUUAUUUGAGCAAUUUGGGGGAUAUAAAUCUAUUGUAUGUUUUAUUAAUUAUGUACACCUGAUUCCACAGGAGAAGUUCAGUUGAUUCUGAUAGCCUGGUUUUUUGAGGUUAGCUAGCUGUGAGGUUAGCCAUGGUCAGGGGUCAUUUCCUAGAAAAAGAACUGCAGGAACUCAUUAGCAUAUCUCAUUAGCAUAUGCCACACCCCCUGACAUCACCGGAAGUGUGUUAGACGGCAACAUCCACCCCUCAGGCCCCUUUCCGCAAAAAUCUCCAGGUAUUUCCUUAAAGCAGAAUGAACUCAAAGCAGCUUACCCUCCUCUGGAGAGCCAGCCCUGCUUGCACCCACACACUCACUCACUGUCUCUCACAAGUAAAGCAGCAGAACAGAAUGAAUCCAAGCAGCUUACGUUCCUUUGGAGCCCAGCACCACUCGGCUUGCACUCAGAGGAAAAAGAAUCAUGUGGGCGGGGCCAAAACCCACGUGACCUCUUUUCAGAUCUACCGGAAUGCUGUUCCUGUGCGUUCCGCCUCCAAAUGAGCCCUGGUCAUAGUUAAGGGAUUUGCACUUGGGGCACAUACAGAUUUAUCAGUGGUCAUUGUUGUUUAAAUCUGUCCCCUUGACCACUGUCUUCAAAGGACUUAACGUUCCUCUGUUUUCCUGUCUCCCACUUCAUGCUGUCUUUUAACCCUGGUAUUAAAAUGUACAUUUAUACUGUCUCAGAAAAUAAGAACUUGGGUGGGCAGUUCUAAGUAUCCCAGAAUCGUAUGCACUAUCAAUUCACUUUCCUUUAACAGUACUUCUUGUGGGGUUUUUGUUUUGUUUUGUUGGGCAGGAGGUUUGAGAUUUGAGUUUGAUUGAGUAAUAGGGUUGAAAGACUGAGCUGAUUGUUUGCAGUGCAAUCCUAAGCAGAGUUGCACCCUUAGUAUUAGACUGUUAAUCAGUUAAUUGAAUUAUUUUGUAAUGCUAGCACAUAUGAAAAUCACUAAGCCUCUUCUUACAAGAGAUGUUCCUCUUUCACUGUCAUAAAUACAGAGGAAGAAGCCUCUUCCCAGAUGGUGCCUACUACAAAAUGUGUAUGUGUUAUAAGCAAAUACAGUGUACUUUUUUCCUUUUGGAAUAAUUGUUUUAUUCAU